UUGUAAAUUUCAGCGUAAAUGAGAACUAAAUACUGCUACUCCAUCACUAUGGGUGUCGUUUGUGCUCACAUUUUACUCGACCUGAUUUUUACCUAGAAUACCUAACCUCAACCCUCGUGCAUCUGUGGGUCCUAUUUGUUUUCGGACCUCGUGAGUAGUAUUGGAACUAUGGGGUCAGUGAAAUUACGCUGGUGUUUCUGUGUGUGCGUGUGGUGUUUCAUCUAUUGCCGGCCACUGACUGCUGUGGAGAAUACCACCGAUGCUCUCACUAGUAACACGUUGUCGGAUCAAAGGAUAACGCAAGCUGUCAUGAACUGUUCAGAAGACAGAUCAAUCGACCAAUUUCCUCCUGACGUCUUCACCGAAGAGCAACGGGCGCACGGUGCCAUUAUCGUCCAUUUAUGCAUCGCACUUUACUUCUUUGUGGUCAUUGCUUUUGUUUGCAAUGACUAUUUUCUUCCCUCUGUCUACUGUAUCUGUCAAGAUCUCCACCUAUCUCCGGAUGUGGCCGGAGCUACUUUCAUGGCGACAGCGACCUGUUUUCCGGAGCUGUUCGUCAACAUCAUUGGAACGUUCGUGACAGAAACGGACCUCGGUGUGGGUGCCAUUGUCGGCAGCGGGGUUUUCAACACCCUCGGGGUGGCAGCGUGUGCCGGCCUCGCCGCUAGUAAAGAUAUAGAUCUGGAAAGAUGGCCUCUGAUACGAGACGGAGGUGGCUAUAUGUUGGCAGUGGCAGUACUCCUUGUAAUCCUCCACGAUGGCCUUGUCCAAUGGUACGAAGCUCUCUUUCUCCUGAUUCUUUACUUUGCCUACUUCAUCCUAAUGUUCACCCAGAAGUGGUUGCACAACAGGGCAAAGAAGAUGCUUCGGAGCAAAAAUAGUUUCAACUCCCAGGCGUCACUCCAAUCAACGACGACAAGUGUCCUUGAUUAUGGGACGUACAGGCCUUACUACUUUUCCGAUUGGGUUAUGCCUGCCGAAAAGAAGCACAACCACAACAACAACAACAUAAGUAGCACGCACAAUACGUCGAACGAUAUCGAAAAGAAGCAAGAGGCAGAACAGGAGGAAGUAACACCAGUAUGCAGUCGUCCGAACGGGUGUCUGCUGAGCUUAUGGUGGUUAUUUUCGCUUCCUGUUGCGUGCGUUCUGUCGGUGUCUGUGCCAGAUUGCCGGAAAAACCGCACAGUAUACCCUCUCACCUUCUUGAUGUGCAUCUUUUGGAUUGGCAUCAGCUCAUACAUCGUCUCCUGGAUGAUGACUAUUUUUGGUGAUACAUUUAGAAUAAGUGACGCAGUUAUGGGUAUCACGUUCCUAGCGAUAGGUGGAAGUAUGCCAGAGGCUGUAUCUAGUGUAAUUAAUGCAAGGAAUGGGGUGGGCUCGAUGAGCCUAAGCAACGCGCUGGGGGCCAACACGCUGGACAUCCUCCUAUGCCUGGGCCUGCCGUGGUUCAUCAAGACCCUCCUGCCGGCCACGAUGGGCGGCGGCCCGAUCCCCAUGGACUCGCCGGGCCUCACCUUCAACUGCGGCUGCCUCAUCAUCAGCGUCGUCGUCCUCAUCGUCGCCGCCCUCCUCAACGGCCACCGCAUGAACCGCGUCUUCGGCGUCAUCUGCCUCGUCAUGUACACCACCUUCAUCGCCGUCACCGUCCUCGCCGGCAUGAACAUCAUCUUCCAGACGGAGCAGGACGUCUGCACCUGAACUAGUCUCCCCCCUCCUCACACCCCCUCUCAUCCUCACGCCCACCUCAACCUCCGACGGGUCUCGCCAUUGGACAAUGGUGAGAACAUUUGAAAACCGGUACCUGACUUAGACAAUAAGCAAAUGGCUCAGCGGGCUGAUUGUUGAAAUUGAUAUACAAAGCGAUAGACAAAGAGGACUUUAUGAGUAUGGAGCGAUCCUAUCGGUUAAUUUAGGUGUAGACUAAA